GGCUUGUGUUGUCCCGUACCACAGCCUCUAGCCAUUGCAAGUGUAAAACACACGCUGGAUGUUAAAGGAGGCUGAAAACAGGAAAAGAACAUGGAGGAAGAUAUAAUCACAGAUCUGCGAAAUAAGCUUAAAGAGGUUGAAAAUGAGCGACUAAAGGCUGCACAGUAUGGUUUACAACUCCUGGAGAGCCAGAAUGAAUUGCAGGAUCAGUUGGAUAAAUGUCGUAAUGAGAUGAUGACUGUGACUGAGAAAUAUGAACAAGAAAAGUACACUCUUCGGAGAGAAGUCGAGCUCAAGAGUCGAAUGUUAGAAAGUUUGAGCUGCGAAUGUGACACUGUUAAACAACAACAGAAAAAGCAGCUGGAGCAGUUAGAAGAGCAGCUGAGCCGAAGCCACGGGCAGGAAGUGACUGAGCUGAAGAACAAGUUAGAAAAACUGAAGGUGGAAUUAGAUGAGGCAAGGCUGAGCGAAAAGCAGCUGAAGCAUAAAGUGGACCACCAGAAGGAACUCCUCUCUCGGAAAGCAGAGGAGAUACGGGCGCUGUCUGAGCGGGUGCAUGAGAGCAUGUCUUCAGAGGUGCUCGCUCUUCAAGUUGAGCUGACUGAGAUGAAAAGUGCGAAGACCAGCCUCAAAGAAGAAGUGAAUGAACUACAGUACAGGCAGGAACAACUAGAACGCCUCAGCUCUAACUUGAUGCGCCAGGUGGACCGGCUUACUGAAGAGAAAGAAGAGCGGGAGAAGGAAGCAGUUUCCUACUAUAAUGCCUUGGAGAAAGCUCGUGUAGAAAAUCAAGAUCUUCAGGUGCAAUUGAGUCAGGCCCUCCAGCAAGCCUUGGAUCCCAAUAGCAAAGGCAACUCUCUAUUUGCAGAGGUGGAAGAUCGAAGGGCAGCAAUGGAGCGCCAGUUUAACAGUAUGAAAGUCAAGUAUCAGUCCUUAAAGAAGCAAAAUGCAUUUUAUAGAGAACAGAUGCAAAGAAUGAAGCUACAAGUCGCUACGUUGCUGCAAAUGAAAGGGUCUCAAACUGAAUUUGAGCAGCAGGAGCGGUUGUUUGCCAUGUUGGAACAGAAGAAUGGUGAAAUAAAACACCUUCUAGGUGAAAUUAGAAACCUGGAGAAAUUUAAGAAUUUCUAUGAAAGCUUGGAGUCUAAGCCUUCCGCACCAGCCAACCUGUGUGUUCCAGAAGACAGCACCUACUACACAGACCUACUGCAGCUGAAGCUCGAUAACUUAAACAAAGAGAACGAAAGCGCCAGGGGAGAGCUGUCCAUUCAGCGGAUGAAAGCGCUGCUCGAGAGUCAGCGGGCCCUGGAGAUUGAGAGAAAACUGUUUGCAAAGGAAAGGUGCCUCCAGCUUUCGGAAAGUGAAAACGUGAAACUUAGAGCCAAACUGGAUGAGCUGAAGCUCAAGUACGAGCCUGAAGAGAAGAUUGAAGUACCUAUACUCAAAAAGAGGCGUGAGGUGCUGCCCGUGGAUGUUACCACUCCUACAGAUGUCUGUGCCGACAGCACUGUUGCGAAAGAAGUUUCUAGUCUCUCACCUCAGAAAGAGGAGACACAGCCCUGUCCUCCCAAUUUAGAAAAUGAUGGCUUGCAGUUAGAAAAAUCAGCUUCUAGAGAGAAGCCCGUGGUCAGUCUCUCUCCUCACAAAAAUCUGCCCCCAGAUACACAGCCAAAGAAGGAAGAGAAGUCCGUGUGGCUCAUAGACAUUCCGACAGAUGCCGAAGCCUUACGGGAAAGAGGCGGGGACCCCCCCAGCUCCCCGAGGUUAUCUGCUGAUACAAGGCUUCAAACAGAAGUUAAAGAGGGGAAGGAAACUGCAAGCAAAAUAGAAAAGGAACCUCGUAAGAAAUCACACCCUAUUAUCUACGUGUCCUCCAAACCGACUCCAGAGGUCCAGUGCCCACAGCAGUAG